CAUACGCUGCAUGUGGAACGGCACUUAAAAGAGAACAUUUUAAAUAAUGAAUUUGAAGUUAGCUUACAACAUAACGAGAAUUUACUCAAUAAUGGAAUUAUCUGUUGUUUUAUUUCGAUAGAACACUACAUAAAGCAUACAAAGCAAGCUAGUAUAUCUUUUCAUAAAUUCUCCCAAAAUCAUCCAUGUUUAACAUUUGCUAGAAUAUUAUCAUCCUCAUUCUUUGCAGUAUUCGCGAUAUUGAUUUUGUUUAUUGUUUUAGGUUCGUUUGUUCCAUGGCUUUAUUAUGGCUUCUAUUGUCAUUUCCGUCCAAAGGUCGUUUAUUUAUCAGUUGUUUGUGUACUCGGCAUAACGAGCAUAAUGGUUAGCUUGUGGGAUAAGUUCUCGGAGCCAGCGUGGCGACCUUUCAGAGCAGCAGUUUUUAUGACGUUCGGCUUGUCAGGAAUUGUACCAGCAAUUCAUUAUGGAGUAGUCGAAGGCUGGUUCAGCAAUUACAUGAGUCAAAAGUCGUUGGGUUGGCUCUGUCUAAUGGGUUUGUUAUACAUUAUGGGUGCACUUAUGUACGCGCUUCGCGUGCCUGAGCGCUGGUUUCCAGGCAAAUUUGACAUUUGGUUCCACUCACACCAGAUUUUCCAUAUGUUUGUUUUGGGGGGUGCUUUCGUUCAUUAUCACGGUAUCACUGAAAUGGCUAUGCACCGAGUUACAGUUGGACAAUGUGAGAUACCCGACAUGUUAGUUUAUUAAAAUUGGGGUGACAUAUUGAAUAAUGGGAUUUUUAUGUAUAUGUUAAUUUUAUUGUAAAUUGUUUCAGUAAAUUAGGAAAUUUUA